AUGCCAUCACCAAUCAAAAGCAGGGCUAGCUUCAGUAGUGCUACACUCGCCUCUUCUGCGUCUUCGCCCUCCAAUCCAGCAAUCGCAGCUCCGACCGAUGCAGAAGGCAGUUCAGGAGAAGGGGAUGGAGGAAGGGGAGCGUGGAUGUUCAGGCGAUCCUUCAACUUUUUAGGCUGGUCAGCCGUCGUCAUUUUUGCAUUCUCUAGCACUACCGGUCUUUCGUACAUCAGCGGAGGUAGCAUGCUAGUGAGUCGCUCGUCAAGUGCUGAUUGGAGUCUGGCCUAUCAGACGAGUUCUACAGCAGUCCCAGAGAACUUACCGCCUGCAUCACUUUCGCAGCCAACACUUCAAGGCCGCACAAAGUCACGCCAAGGCGACAUUGUGCUUCUCUCCAAGCUGCAAAACAUAAGCACGGCUUCGUGGACAUCAGAGAAGGCUCGUCGGAGACCCGCAUUCGCGCGAGGCAGCAUUGGCGGCGCGGCGGGAAGGGGCUUAGAGUCGGAUUCAGAUGGUGAUCUGGAAACGCUCGUAGGGUCGCCGGAGAGAGUAGGCGCAAUCUACAAUGAUGCUGGCACGGGUGCAGCUCUUGGAGCGAGCGACAGCAGCAAAAGUGCGUGGAGAAAUGAUGGGAAUAGACCUGGAGCAUAUGGGGGCGAUUGGAAUGUAGGCGACAUCGUGGGGCUGCAGUGAGUAGACUUUUCCGCAGAUGAGCAAAGCACAGCGUAUGAGCUAGACUGAUGGUCUUCGUGCGCCCUGGCGGUAUCCGCUUGGAUUAGCUCACCCCAAGAUCCAAAUCUUCACCUGGUCAAGCGCAUCCUGGCCCUUCCGGGAGAUACCAUUACGCUCUCUGUCUCUUCCGACGCAGCGGCAGGGGGCGGCUCGAGAUUCAGCUCCUCCUCAGAAGAGCAGCGCGGACAAAAAAGAAUUCGAAUACCUCUUGGGCAUGUGUGGGUGGAAGGAGAUGCGGCCGGCACUGAAAUAGCGCGAGGCAGAGGCGGCCUGCCGGAGCAAAGGAGCCUGGACAGUCGGAGCUUUGGACCGGUGAGUCGGAGGUUGUAUGCGUCGAAGGCAGAGCCAAAGACCGCUCGCAAGACAAGGUUGAGCUCUCUCAAUCCCAGCUGGCUGGUCCAGCCUCUCGUCUGAGCGGCUCCUUACCCAUCCGUGAUUUGACUCCUCCUUUCGACAAUGCGCUUCGCCAGGUCCCAAUCGCGCUCCUCACUUCACGCGUCGUCUGCAUCGUCUGGCCGCCUUCGCGCUGGGGAGCUCCAGCAGAUCGCCCGAGCGCCUCCACAACUAUGCGCAACACCUCUUCCGCAAUCAUCUCACGGACCGAGCGUCUGCCCACCAGUGUGCAGAGCAGCACCCUACCCCCGAAUCUUGGCGUCCCGAGCGAGGAAGACUCACGACUGAGCCCAUACACGGAGGACCUGGAAGCGGACGUGUCAGGAGAUGUUAGCGAUGCCGUGAAAGAGAAAGACGAGAGGAGGCGCAAGAGAGACGAGAAGCGGGAAAAGAGGAGGGGAGAAUUCAGGCAUGCUUGGAACGCUUUGAGCAGAGGUGGACAGCUUGGCGAUGACGCUGCCAAUGCCGAGAUCGGCGCAUGA